AUGACGGAGAUGGAGAAAGAUCUGGAUGGUUUACUCCAGUACAUGGCCCCAGGGAGCACAUUAGAUGAUAUUGUUGGCGACAGUGAAAGUGAAGAUGAGGCAGCCCUCUAUGAUGUGGUUCAGGGCAAACGAACAACAACCGCACGAGUGGUAUUGGGAUCGGCCACUGGUGCAAAUACACAGAAGGAGGUAACAUCAUUGAGUAAAGUACAACCAGUACAACAUACCACAGGCCACGCGAGUGUGCUACGUCGUAUUCGUGUAGAUGACUUUUACGCUGAUGUAUCGGCUUUUUCAGGUGGUGGGGGUGGUGCGAGUAAAGUAAAUCAACGGGUGUUGAAUGAUCUUCGAGAGAUGACAAUGUCUAAUCGCUUGACAUCAAUGCAGUCAUCGCAUGAAGUGGACCGUUCAGAACGUGCAACGGUAGAAAAUGUGAUGGACCCACGAACACGUCUUAUUCUAUACAAACUGGUAAACAGUGGUCAGUUACGUGAGAUCAAUGGAUGUGUUUCCACUGGAAAAGAAGCCAAUGUGUACUACGCUGUCGCUGGUGAUGGCAGUGAUGCGGCAGUAAAGGUCUUCAAGACAUCUAUUCUUGUUUUUAAAGAUCGUGAUAAGUACGUUGCUGGAGAGUUUCGCUUCCAGCGUUACUGCAAAAGUAAUCCUCGUAAGAUGGUUCGUACAUGGGCAGAGAAGGAGGCGCGAAAUCUCAAUCGACUUCAAGACGGCGGUGUGUUGGCUCCCGCUGUGAAGUUACUACGACAACAUGUACUCGUAAUGGAGUUUCUCGGCGAGGAUGGAUGGCCAGCACCACGUUUAAAGGAAGUUCGUUUUCCCUCUGCUGCUGCAUUAGAUAGAUGCUACUUGGAUAUCUGCUGUACAAUGCGUAAAAUGUACGCACGUUGCAGACUUAUUCACGGAGAUCUCUCCGAAUAUAAUUUGCUACUUUAUCGUGGCCGUGUUGUGGUAAUUGAUGUUUCUCAAUCUGUAGAAAAUGAUCAUCCACAUGCGAUGGAUUUCUUGCGUAGAGAUAUUGUAAACGUGGACGCUUUCUUUCGAUCUAAGGGUCAUCAGAAGUUAUUCUCACUCCAGGACUUAUACCGCUUUAUCACAGCCCCACCAGCCGCACGUGGUUGGCAGCGCUGCGAAGGUCCAGACAAUGCGGAAGAGAUCCGCGAAUAUCUUCUCGAGUUGCGUGAAUCUCGUGAGAAGGAGGGGAUUCUCCCGGUUAACUCAGAACAGGCAAAAAUAGAUGAGCAGGUUUUUCUUAACAUUGCCGUUCCCCGCAGUUUGGGAGAAAUCGCAGACCACAAGGCUCCAAAUGCCGAAAUUGCCCCUUUCGUUGCGGAGAUGACUGCCGAUUCGCAGAAAAAACAAAAGAACCAAAAACAUCGACACCAUGAUGAUAAUAAUAAUGAUGAAGAGGAAGAAGAAGAAGAGGAUGACGAUGAUGAAGAUGAAGAUGAUGAGAGAAGCAGUAACCACAAUGAUGGAGAUGAGGUUGUUAAGAAAGAGUCUGGCAAGGAGGGAGCAAAGCCGGCUCCCAAGAUCAUUGCCAAUAUGACGAAGGAGGAACGUAAGGAACACCACAGAGCUGUUAAGGAAGCUAACCGUGAGCGCCGCGCAAAUAAAAAGAAAGUCAAGGCUGUAAAGAAGAAAAAGUAA